CCGUCCAAGCGACCUGCCUCACACUGACGGCAAUGACGAUUGAUCGGUACUACUUGAUCGUUCAUGCUGUCAAAUCUAGAAACACACGAACCACGCUAAGAGCAGCAGUUAUCAACGUUUCUAUAUGGGCCAUUUCAUUUCUUCUCCAUCUUCCAGUUGUCAUCUACACGGAACUCAGAGUGGACAAUAAUUAUACUCUCUGCUCUCCUAAAUUCCCAUGGAAAAAAGCAGGGGAUUAUUACCCUGUGUUUGCUGCGUUUGAGCUCUACGUCGUUCCAUUAAUUGUUAUCAUGACAUGCUAUGUGCAGAUUCUACUUCAGGUUUGGCAGAAAACGUCAGGAGGUACCGAAAGUGCGCAGGCACAUGCGAGAGCUCUACGUAGGAAAAAGAAAAUAACCCGAAUGGUGUUUAUAGUUGUGGUUCUAUUUGCAUUUUGCUGGGCACCAAUUCACACGUUUAACAUCAUGUCAGCAUCUAAGGCAAAGGUAAUAAUUUCAAACUAUGGUAUUUCACAAUGGUGGAAGAUAUUCUUUCUUACGCUGGCGUAUGCGAAUUCUUGCAUCAAUCCCUUUGUGUACGCAUUUACAACGACAAGUUUUAAGAAAUACUUUAAGAGUGUAUUUGGUGCAACGUGCGGACAAUACUCAAGAGAAGGACACGCCAUGAGUAUCAGUAUGGAAACAAAAACAGAGCGUAUCACAACUAACUCAAGUAAAGAAGACUCGUCGUUAUGACUAAAGAUGAUGUGCUUAAGGCACUCUGAAAAGAGCAGAAUAUCGAGAGAACGAAGAACCACAGCUCUCAACGAAUCUUCUUCAGGUGAAGAGGUCUGAAAUGAAAGCAAGUCUGCUUGGGACGUCCGCUCGUACUGUGCCAUGAUUCGAAGAUGUGAUAACACCAGACAACUUUAAAUCGAUAGUCCCAAGAAAGGUUUUGAAAAAAGAUAAGAAUGAUGGAAAUGGUUGGGUUUGGAUACCAUGCCUGUUAGAUAAAGUGCAGUAUGGAGUGACUAUCAGAAGAAAAUGUCAAUCAUUUUCUGCGAUAUAGUUUAGAUGAGCAGGUGAUGAGUCUGGAACAUUUGAUUACUGGUCAUCAUCGGAUUGUCAUGAUCAUGCAUCUCUCUUUCGAUAUGCACUUGCGGAUUCUUAUGCAGAAUAGGGUCCUGGAUAAAUCAUGCAAAAUACGGUUUUUCUGUUCAGGUUUAAAAGUUUUGAUUACUUGCAACAUAAAUAGCCAACAAGAAAAAAAAACAAUGUUUUAAGAUUCUGCAUUUUCUUUGUACCAUAUUAUCAAAUUAACUGCUCGGAUAAUAUCAGAAAUGAUUUGUAACGAUUGACAUUAUUACUAAUUCGGUAGUUACGGAUAUGGACGGAUGUAUUUGAUUGUAAGCAGAAUCAAUAUAUUGAUCGAUUCAGCUUUCGAGAAUGUAUAUUCCCUGGAUGUUACCAAACUAGAUCACAGGGCAUGGGGAAAAACAUAGAGUAGGUUCUCUGUACUUCACAAUCUAGCAAUUAUCGUUGGGAAUUGAGUGGAAUACCGCUUGAUAUUCGUCGAUGGAUGACAAGCCCUAACCAACUGGAGACCAGACCCCGUCGAUCGGCAGCUUACCAAGUUAACUCGGUAAAGUUAACAAACCUGUCAGAAUGGGUUCACCGCCCAAGUCUUUUGCUACAAACCUUCAACCUUUUGCGGGAGUCUUAUCAGAUUAAUGGUCUUGAUCUGUGGUGAAACCUGUGGAUGAAGGGAGACAACUGUGUUCAUAAGAACGUAAUGAAGCAAUGCACAGGCGGCUCUUCCCGGAGGCAGCAUUAGUUCCAUGAUUGGAGAGAAUUGGACAGAAAUUGAUGGAACCGCUAGAAGCUCGUCAACGGACCUGGAUAAAGGUGCAUUCAGAUAAUCCCUCAAAGGGUAACUACGACAAUCUUCGUUUGUGUUUAAACUAACCCUGUGAUGAAAAUACAUCGACCUUUCUUUUGUUUUGUUUGAUCGUUUAGUGUGAAUUUGUAUAGAGACGAAAUAUUUGAUACCAAACAAGUUUUGUUUUCUUCAAGGGUUAGCAGGUUCUUAAUCUACGCAUUGGUCUUGUAAAAGCUUAGGAUAUACAAUGUAAACGGUAUUUGAUAAAAUUUAAAGUUAAAAGUGAGAUCAUGUCACAAAUUAUAUUAAGUCUCAUAUGGUAUAUGUUAAAUAAUUGAUUUUGAAGGUAUCAUACAAUUUUAACCACCUAAAAGGAAAGCAACCUCUAAAUUUUACGACCCCUCCCCCAUCGAGUCUAUGAUAAAAUUCAACGUGGCCACUUCCAAUCCUCAACUUGCAAAUAUUAAGGCACAUGCUAUAUAGUGUAAACGACAUAUUUUAAAAAAGAUAUUUAAGAUUAUAGAAUGUUUAUGUUCUUUGAAAUAGAAAUUCGUUUUUUUAGGGAUAUUGUCAUUACAUUCCACUGCUCCGUUUUCCAAUACGAUUAUACAUGAUGUUAUUUCCGUAAAAGAUUGCAUUUUAGGUGCUCAUUUCAAAAUAAAUUUAUCUAACCAUCAAAUGGAAACUGCGGAUAUUUUCAAUAUUUACAAUGGUUUUACUUUCCCGUCCUUUUAAUAGAAUCGGACAAAUAACAAAAAGUAUAUAUCCAAUCCAUAAAAGCAUUCGUUAUUUUAAAGUAAUACCCACAUUAUAAUUUUAUUUUGCUCGGAUGUUAUUGGUUUGAGGUUUAUUCGAAAUCGGAUGAAAUUAACGUCAAAGUUGUUUACUUAAUAAUGAAUUAAAAUUGUUUGAAUGGUAUGCUGCCAAAAAUUUAAAGUAUACACUCUUAGAAUGUUGGGUAACAUACUGUCCAUACAACAACUGAUUUAAAAGAAUAUCCAACUGUGUGUAAUUUUCACCCAAAGCACACAAUAUUGGUUUAAAACUACCCAGAAUCGGAUAAAGUUUGAACCAAUAAUAUUGUUGUUUGGACAGUAUGUUGCCCAAUAAAGAGAAAAUGGGAUGAAUAAGAACAACAAUGCAUUGUCAAAUCGUAAGAUAUUCUUGCAUAUUUAAGUAAUAUUACGUUGCGUGUUGUAUUUUCUUUGGGGAUAUGUCUUUAUCAUGUACAUAUUUUCUGUAUCUUAACUUAAGUGAACUGUGUGAUCAUAUUUUUGUACAUAUAUUAUACAAGUAGAACAGUAUUGACUUCUCGUACUACACUAACCAGUUAUGUAGUGAUAUGCGUUAUGAGAUUAUGUUUGACACCUUAGAAUAUCAACUUAAUGCUAUAUACUU